GGACGCCUUGAUUGGGAUCCAGUUGUUGACCCAUGUCCUGCUGUGUCCCCUCAGGGACGCGGUGCUGGUAAUCCAGUUUGUUGACCCCGUGUCCUGCUGUGUCCCCUCAGGGACGCGGUGCUGGGACACGGUGCAGGUGAUCCAGGUCAACCUGCGGGCCUUCUUCACCGUGAGGCUGUGGCCCUGGAUGAGACUCUUCUACAAGCUGAAGCCGAUGCUGCGGAGCGCCCAGGUGGAGAAGGAGCUCGCCGCGCUGCACGAAGACUUCACCAAGUUAAAGGACGCCUUCGACAGGUCGGAGGUAAAGCGACAAGAGGCGGAGGAGCAGCACGUGGUUCUGGUGGAGGAGAAGAAAGAUCUGGCUCUGCAGCUCCAAACCGAGCAGGAGAACCUGUCGGACGCCGAGGACCGCUGCAACCAGCUGAUCCAGUCCAAGAUCUCCCUGGAGACGAAGCUGAAGGAGACGCAGGAGCGCCUGGAGGACGAGGAGGAGGUGACCGUCACCUUGACGUCCAGUAAACGGCAGCUGGAGGAGGAAGUGAUGUCACUGAAGAAAGACGUGGACGAGCUGGAGAUUACGCUCGCCAAAGUGGAGAAGGAGAGACACGGAGCGGAGAACAAGGUGAAGAACCUUUCCCAUGAGAUGUGUCUCCUGGAUGAGUCCAUCGCGUCUCUGAGCAGGGAAAACGCGGCGCUGCAGGACGCCCACCAGCAGGCGCUGACGGAGCGCCAGGCGCAGGAAGACAAGGUCAACGUCCUCAACAAGGCCCGCGCCCGGCUGGAGCAGCAGGUUGACAACGUAAGACACCCCCCCUUGUCCCCCGUCCCCCGUGUCCCAUUCCCCCCCCGAAUGCGACCAACAGGAGAGUUCUCCGGCCUCAUGUCUAAACCAGAGGAG